CACCCUCACUCGCUCCUCUCCCUCUUUUCGUCACUCCCUCUAUUCGAUCAUACCACCCCACUUCACACCAUGUCCGACCAUCAAUACAAGUUCAACGUCACCAUGAGCUGCGGCGGUUGCUCCGGUGCCGUGGAACGCGUCCUCAGGAAGCUGGACGGCGUCAAGUCUUUCAAUGUGAACCUCGAGUCCCAAACUGCCGACGUGGUGACCGAACCCUCCGUGUCCUAUGAUACUGUGUUGGCUACAAUCAAGAAGACUGGGAAAGUUGUCAACAGCGGAGAGGCCGAUGGCCAGACUAUGGCUAUUUAAGGGCGGCGCCGCCCAGCAUAGAGAGCGACGCGGCAUCAGAGCGUGUGCAUGAUGCGGAUCGGAAGGAGGGGACCAGCAGCUUCUGGGUCCGGGUCUGGAUGCGAUAUACCCUGCUGCGUUCUUGUAUAUAUAAGCCUUAUUGGAGAUUUUAGUGCUAUUGAGCGGCACGGCGUUUCUUCUUCCCACAGCGCCAUGUGUCUUCGUCGCGGCUUCGGCCGAUGAGCAGA